CGACCAACUCCCGCUCGUCGUUCAGUCGAGCACCGACGUCGACGACGAUGACGUCGUCUCCACCCUCGCACCAGGACGUCACCCUCGCCUCGUCUCGCGCAUCGCGGUGCCAUGUGAUCGCUUCUGGGGGUGAGCGAUCUCUAUGAACAGCGAACGCGCGCGUUGACGGACUGUCGAAUUGCCGAUUGUCGUGAAAUUGGUUUUUCUAGCCUUUCGUGUUGACGAUGUCGACGUAAGAGAUGUCCACGAUGACUCUCUACGAUGAUUAAAGGGCGCGUUGAAUUUCCGCGGGCGCAGUGAGCGGAGAAAAGGGACUAUCUCAAGGGAGGGUAACGCGAGAGAUCAUGGCAGGGCACAUCGGUGGAAGGAACCACGUGCGAGUCGGUGCUAAAGAGAACACCAGGAUUUUCCCGCGAGUCCCGACGACGCGGCGUUGAGGGCAGAAACUUAUCCGGCCUGGUGCGUGGAAAGGGUGGUGCGUGCACGUACGGAGCAUGUGAGACAAUGCGGUGGUGUGGUGGUCCUUGCGAUCUCCUGCGGCGCAAGCUCUUCGUCCUCCUCGUUCUGAUCGGCUGCAGCGAUGGCUAUCUCAACAUAUUCAUCAGCCAAUCUCAAGUCAUGAAGCUUUUAGGACUCGAGGCCGAGUUGUACUACGUGCGGGAAGGGGUGGUCAACACGUACGCGAUGAAUUUCGUCGUUCCUGUGCCAGCGAACAUAGCCGACCUAGAAUUUUCAUGGCAGAGCCUCGUGGGACACCCGUUACCGUAUUCCAUGGAGCUAGAUUACGACGUGGUGGGCGUACCUGGCGGACCGUCCUCCGAGAUGAUGGCCUUGCUGCCUCCGAGGGUGAACGUGUCCGCCAGAGGCGAGGUACCAGUCACCCUGCAGGUCUUCAGGAUCAGACUGCCGUGCUCGGGCGCCGUUAGCGCCGAAAUCCCUUUGGCGCUGCGAUUAAACGUCACCGCGCCGCCCGGCACCAGAUACAACGACACUGUCUUGGUUUUCAAGAGAAACAAGAUCUGCUUGAAAGGUGUCGAGACUCCUCCCAGCAACGAUUCGGUGCGUUUGGAGCCUGGUCCCCUCGUGAAUGGUGCCGGUGCUCUUUACGUCGCAGCUACCUGUGCAUGCGCCUUGAUUUUAGUCGUCGGCAGUGUCGCCAGCGCGUUAUAUAUUCGCAACAGCAAGGUUCGCGUUCAGGAAUCGCAGAAAACUCUGCCCUGCUGCAGUUACUCCGCGGCCGACACCGGUGGCCUGGCCAGAAGUUCCGUCUUAGUUAGGGUCGACCCACGACCCGGAAGCGCCAAUUCCGGAAGUUACGCCACCAUCGCCGACCUCGAGCCUCUCUAUGCGAGGCCAUGCGGCUCCAGAGCGAGUUACUACGCGGCGAGCCACGUGACGCAUCUGAGCCAGUCGACUGAUCCGUGUGAGAAGGCCAGAGCACUUGCAAUAUCGAGAUCAGCGUUAUAUUGCCGUACUCUCGUCCAGGAAGGCACUUUCGGUCGCGUUUAUAAAGGAACUUUAGAGAUAGCCGGACGCGAACAGGAAGUCAUUAUAAAGACAGUUACAGAAGUGGCAUCUGCUUAUCAAGCUUCUCUUCUGGUGGUAGAGGGUUCACAACUGGCUGGUUUAGUUCAUACGAACAUCGCCUCUUUGGCGGCCGCCUGUCUCGACAGUUCGUGCCCUUUGUUGGCUUACACAAGCACGCCCGGCGAGCUAAAUCUAAAGGUCUACCUUACCGAUGGAAAUCAUCAUCCCGUGACCAGAGAUCUGGUCCACGUUGGUGCACAAGUUGCUAGGGCUGGCGCGUUCCUCCACGGGCGAGGGUUGUUGCACAGGGAUAUCGCCGUCAGGAAUUGCCUGAUCGAACCGAGCAGUCUUCGCGUGAGAUUGGCUGAUGCUGCCCUGGCUCGAGAUCUCUUCCCUCAGGACUACCAUUGUCUCGGUGAUAACGAGAACAGACCCAUACGCUGGAUGGCCCUGGAGAGUCUCCAGCGCAACGAAUACAGCACGGCGACCGAUGUGUGGUCCUUCGGAGUUUUCCUGUGGGAACUGGCGACAUUGGGUCAGCAGCCGUACAUAGAGGUGGAUCCGUUCGAGAUGAUGGCGUGUCUUCGAGACGGAUAUCGGCUCGCUCAGCCGAGGCCUUGUCCCGAUGAACUGUUCGCCUGUAUGGAAGCCUGCUGGCUCGGACCCUCCAGGGAUCGGCCAACCAUGCCUCAGCUGCUCGCCUAUCUGCAAGAUUUCCACGACGCUCUGGGUGGAUUCAUCUAAAUCAUCCGUGCUGAUCGCUCUUUCAAAAGAUCGGACGAUACGUGUCGGAUCGAACCUUGUUCUGAUCACCAUCGCGUCGCGAUUAAUCUAACGAAAAGGCUGAAUAGUGGUUCACCUGAAGCCGCACCCCGAAACCGCCGAAAGUAUAAUAUAAACGUAGUAUAUGAUAAACGUUCACGAAGUUCGCAAUCAAACCAAAACCGGAAGUCCGACAACGGGAGAGGAAAUCAAACUCACGCGGAACUGAAUUGUCACUGCCCAUUUGCAAUACACCACUACUGCCAUAGCUAGCGAUAAGUCCGCAUCCGAUGCAUCGAACUUGCAGAUGCGACGCGUACUGAUCAUACUUGCGUUUACCAGCCGGUUUUAUGAAUCAAAAUAGGAAGCACCGUCGCCGUGUAAUCGGCGACAGGACGGCCAAAAAAUGGAAUCGACACGGAUACAUCCGUCCAUAGCAAUUAGAGCGCGCGUUUGCGGCGUACGCGACUCUUGCGAUUCAAGAUUUGCAUUCGCGAUGCGCGGUUGAUAUAUUUCCACAGGAGCCUUAUCUCUCAAACGACACUACGAAACGUGGGUGGCUGAAACAAAGGAAGGUUUUCUCUUUCUGAUGAACAAAUUUCGUUGCGUAUGUAUCUCCUGUCUAUGCGAAAUUUAAGCUAGACGACAUAUAAUUCAUUCACAUAUUUCUUAUUUAAACAAGAGUUACAAGUUGGAUUUUUAAAAUAAUUGUUAGAUAAAUCUGCCUCGUACGAAACACGCACACUCGCCGAAAUGUACGUAUACAUGCUUAAUUUCCACGAACAAUAUUUUAUAAAGUUGCCGAGAAAAUGGAGAUUCUUACUGUAUAUUCCUCUUGGAGAUAUUAUAUAUUCCUCUUGGAGAUUUCAUUUCAUUUAAUUAAAAUUCGUAAUAUAUUCAGAAUUUAUAAUAUCCAUAUUCAUAAUACAUCUUGCAAAGUUUACGAUUAACAGGUACAGCCUUUUAAUAAUAAAUUCAAUGAUAAAGAUAUGCAAUCUAUAUGCGAGCGCUGUGUCCGCAGCAUGAAAUUUCUUCAUUUUAGUUUCGUUUUCUUUCACCUUCUUUUGGUGCAGUAUUCACAGAAAUCAGGCUGCCUGAAUGUUCAGAGGGUAUUCAUUAACAUUUGUAAAUAGAGGGUCGCCUCAAUGCGUGAACUUUGAAUCGUUUAAUUUCCACGACGAAAAGUAUGUAUUCAGUUCAACGAGAAAACUCUUCGACUAGUCCUCAACGUACUGCAGAAACGUGAAAAGUGGAGGAAUGGAAAACGGCGUUUAGUCUGGCUUUUAUAAAUCUAUAAAAUCGUUAACCAGUAUAUUGCAAGUGUACACUUGUAUUCGUACAGCAAACGACUGCGCAAUGAGAUACAUCAAAGGCGCAUGACACAAAAUCGUUUAUGCAAUUAUUCUAUGGAAUGUACUAAAUCACAUUUAAAAAAAAUGGCAGAGCAUGAAAAUCGGGAAUGUUAAAUCGAGAGAGUUCGAACGCGUUUGACGCGUUUGGCACAGAAUAAUUUCAUAUUCCCCAAAGCACGACAAUAUUAAUACCCUAAUAAAAUUAUAUAACGCUGGCGCACACAUACGCACGUGCAUGCAAACGCGCAUGUACGUUCUCAUCGUUACAUAAGGCGGCUAUAAACGCGCGGGAUCGGUUAAUUAGGUCGGUGCAUUUCAUUCAUUCCGCUUUUAUGAGAGUUCGCGCCGCUAUCGACCCCGCGGUUCGUCAAACUGCGCGAGUUUUCCGCUAUGAAAACGUGUACAAGCGUAUAUAAGCGCCGCAGAAAAAGGCGCGCGGCUUGAUCGGGUCGCCCGAUCAUUAUUCAUUAACAAUCGUGAUUGCGAAACGUCUCGAAUAAUCGUGACCGGAACGACGGAGAGAGCAAAGACAAAGCUCGGAACACUUAGGAAUCCUAUUGUUGUAUCUGACCUUCGGUGAACAUACGCUGUUGCGUAAAUGGGCGGUCGAACUAUACGUACUUUGUAGUUAGGUACCUAUUAGCCACACUGCGAAAAACCAUUUCGAAUUCUCCGUGACUCGCGCCGACAGCGAGCUCGAAUCUUGCGAGAGCGACGCUGGAUUCUAAUGUCAGGUCUCGGGAAAACGGUCGACCCGCGCGAAAAGUUGUCUCAGUUCCUAUCACGGUGCUUCAUUUCGAUUAUUAGUAAUUUAAGUGAUUUAAUAAAUAACAAGCGUUAAAAAUGGAGGCAGAAGUAAUGGAAAUUUUUAUUUUGAUCCAUGGAAUUGAUCAAGGAAGAGUACUAUACUUUUUAAAUAUUUUUGUGAGAUGUUAGUUAUAUUACGGCCAAAGCAAAUGCAAGCAAGAAAUAAAAUGCAUAUGAAAAUAACUCUUUUACGAUAGAUGAGAGAGAAAGUCAGAUUGCUCUUUCUAUAUUUUCUGUAUGCCGAACAUACGUCUCUGUAUUCGUUCUUUACGUUGUACGUUGCUAAAUGUAACAUAUGCCUCUUGAUCAAGAAAUACUCCACUGGUGCUUAACAUUUCCCCGCUAUUUGAACUUUUGCAAGGCGUUACUUUAUUGUUUGUUGUAAAUAAAAUUACCGAUGUUGGCGACGGUGAAAGGUUUCGCCGUGACAUUUCCAUCAUAGAAAGACACUGCGAAGGAAAAUGGAGUUAGAGCCUGCUGGCUGGCUGCUCCUGGCGGCUUAAAGGAUAUAAUUAACAUUUAUCUUGCAUCAAAAGAAUCAGAAUAUACUUUAAUAAUUUAACUUUCAGUUUAGCUUUCAGUUUAUUCAUAGAAAUAACAGAAAUCGAGAGAAAUACGCUUCAGCGAGAUCGUGCUUGAUAACGAAGAUUUUCAAAUAAUUUCUUUCACGUAUCCUCGUGCAUUUAUUUAAAGUAUCACGCCACACGUUGCACAAACAAGCAACGCUGGCAUACCGAAACGCAUUACGCGUAAUCGUAUUAGUUCAAUUGCGCUUAUUCCACAUCUCUUCUGUUGCAAACGCAAUUGCGCAAGCGGCGAUUAAAGCUGGCAAGCCACACGAACGGGACGAGGGACAAGAAAACACGUUUAUCGAUGUAUUAAGCAUGCAACAUUGAUCUCACAGGAUAAAAUUAAACUGCACAGAGGAGUGACACUGUAGCGCCACAGGAUAUUCCAGAUUCACCGCCUUCCCUUUUUAUCAGCAGGCUUGAGUGUUAUUCGCUGAGAGAUCGUGACGCAGAUUAAUAUCGGCAAGUUGCGUUCUUGCUCGCAACAUUUCGCAUUUCCGUCGUAAGUGCUAGCGUUAAACGUGUUGCGAUAUUAAUUGCACAUAAGACGACCGUCUUAUCAGCCGCUCAUUACUUUUAAUGGUUGAUUCCGUUAAAGAGAAGCAAGUAUGCACGCCAUCGCAUGGUUGACCGUCUCCCCGAGAGAACUUGUACUUAAUUAAGCACACACGAAUUUCUUGCGCGAAAAAUACCUGAGCAACAGGUGCGAAUCGAACACUAGCGAAGAUCGUAAUUGAGAGCGGCGCGAGACAAUGUUGUAAGACUUUUAAAUGUUCUCGAUGUGUAAAUGUCGCAUGUUCCUGACCACGACCACAAACUUUAUCGCACCCGUCUUUUACUCGUCGUUUCCUGUCUCCUUCCCCAUCUCAUCCCUCUGCUCUGUCGACCUACCACAGAGAACGUCAUCGGAACGACUUAAGACUCUCUUUGUACUACCGCCAGGUGCAUCUACUAAUUAUCGAUAUCGCUAUUUAAUAACUAUCUCGCUCGCUACUAUUUAUAAUUGCGACGCUCUAAAGCUGUGCGUUUAAACGAAAAUCGUCGGGUUCUAUGAUGUAUUCGUAUUUCUCAUGAGUGUUUUUGAAUGGAGGAACAGGGUAGGCUAUGACUGCACACUUUUUCGCUAUCGCUGUAUAAUGGAAGCUGCUCGUUUCCGCGCGAACAUAUACGUACUCCUCCUCCUCUCUCUCUCCCAUCCCUCUUCUUCCUCCCUCUUCAGGGAGGAUAAAUCCGGCGGCGUCCGGGGGUAUGAUCGUUCUCGCGCUUCGAUAUCGCCCCCUCGCCUUCGGGAAUCUGAGAAAAGAUCCCUCUUCGGACGACAGUUCCAGUCAUUGUAAAUACCUCUAGCGAAUAUAACAGCGGUGCGCCGAGAGAGUUGAUUUGUGCAGAUUCUAUUAUUUCCUACGACGAUUUACGGCAUUAUUUUUCAACGGAAAAGUGAAAUAUACGUGUUAAAAAAA